AUGUGUACGUUCAUAAAUGUGUAUAUUUUAUAUACGCGUCUCAACUUCAAUGUAAUUACCAAUGACGAGAGUAAAAUAGAAGGGAGAGACAACAACAGUAGAAAACCUAAGCAAGGAAACAGUAGCAGAGUAAACAAAUUAUCGAAAAAAGAAAGAGCUAGGGAGGGAAGCAAGACAAAAUCAGGGGAGGUCAAGCGUUGA